AUGAGUAACAACGAAACCGCUACCACCACUGCCACUGGCAUAACAGCAACUAAAUCUUCCGACAUUCAUUUCUAUGCUUCAAAAAUGUUUUGCCACGAAUGUGGUACAUUAUUGUCUUUUCCAACAGCUCCGACAGUAACAACAUGGGCUUGUUCAUGUUGUGGUGCUAGAUUUAAUAUUACUGACUAUAAUGAUGUUCAAUUUUCUUUCAAAAUGUCCAUCCCGAGAAAAUCAAAGAUUGCAGAAUUAGAAGAAAGAUUAAAGGAAGAAAAGUCUUCGGGUAAUGAAUUUUCUAUCAUCAACGAACCAUGUCCAAAAUGUCAUCAUCCUCAAAGAAAAUUCUUUACAAUGCAGUUACGUUCGGCUGACGAAGGUCAAACUGUAUUUUAUGAAUGUCUAAAGUGUGGAUUUAAGGAAAGAGUGAACAAUUAA